ACAGUCGCACCAAGGCAGUACGCAUUCGAGGCUUGUCUACCCACACGUUUGUCCUGUCGUUUACUUUAGUAGUUUAGACAAGACAGCAAGACGGUGCGUUUCACUGGAAACCAUGUUAAAAUUAGAAUAUCCGUUCGGCAGUUCUUACUUCUUAGACGAAAUGCAUUCAGUUUGAUGUGCGACUAAGAUAUGAGUUGUAGUUUUUUGUUUUGUGUUGCUGUUGAGUUUUUAAUGCUAAUUUUGUGAACUGUGUUAUACAUGGGAACACAAAGGAUUUUCGUCUGUAUAUCGAACGGAAUACGAAACAUACCCGCCUGGAGAUCUAGACACGUGAACUGUGUGUGAAAACGGGACGAUGAGAGAGGUCGCGGCGUAAAAGAAUCGAAUGCAAAAAUGAUUAAAAGGAACGGUGAUAAUGUAUUUGCGAUCGCGGCGAGUAACAAUCAGUGUCAAGGCGGCCGGAGCGCCGUCUCGCUCUGUCCUGGCGCGGCCACGAGGAUACCGCGCGCCACUGCCGGCAGGAUGACGCAGCCUGAUGCGCAGCAACACACGAAGGAGGCGAACAUCGCUCUCUCCACUUACGUGGAAAAGUGGAAGAGCAGAUACGAGGAAGGCGAGAGGAAGCACAAAGCGCACCUCCUCAAGUCCGAAAAAGCCAAACGCGAGCACGAUGACCUUCAGAGGCGGUACAACAUCCUGGCCGAGGAGCGGAACCACCUGGACGCCGAGCUGCACGACCGGGAGAGGGAGCUCAACAAGCUGCGAGCCGUCUCCGAGAAGCUGUUCACGGAGUACCAGCAGCUCAAGAACCAGCAUGACAUCGACUCGGGCGUCAUGCAAAAGGUUAUGCAGCAGGCGGGCGAGUGGUACAAGCAGAACAAACAGCUGAAGAGAAAGAGCACAGCAUUGCUGCAUGCACUGCCUGCUACUGCUGUGGAUAUCGACCUUACUGACGCCACUGACACAGCUUCAGACACAAGCAGCAACGAAGAGGUGGAGUUCCUCAAGCGUUGCGUGAGCGAACUGAGCGCUCAGAUAGCCACGCUACAGACUGAGGCGAGCGCCGCGCGCUUGCACGAGUUUGAGGCGCAUGAGGUCAACGUGCAGCUUACGCAGGACCUAGAAACAGAGCGAGAGAGAUGUAACAAACAGGAGAAGGAGCUACAAGAUUUAAGGACCCAGUUGGAGAGGCACAACAGAGUGUCAAAACUGUUGAUGGAGGAAAUGAGCGCCUUGAAGAACAACGCCGACAAAGACAGAGAGAUGGCUGAAACUUACAAAUCCGAGGCCCGUGACGCGAAGAAACGGGUAAAAGUGUUGGCGCACCAGAGCGCGCUGCUGAUGGGAGAGCUAGAGGUGGACGAGCGGCUGGGGCUGCUGCUGGGCGAGGUGGACAGUCUGCGGGACGCGCUGGAGCACCAGCUCGGCCGGCACAAGGAGCAGGUCGAGGAGUUGCAGCUUAAACUAGCAGAAAAGCACGAAGAAACAGACAUACUACUGUGGGAAGAGAAGAUAAAACUAGCAGAAGAAGACGCGCAGAAAGCUCUAGAAAGAGCUGAGAGGGCGGAAAAGAAACUCGCAGAAAUAGAGAGAAGUAGAGCUCCUAAAAAAUCCAACCUUAUGUCGAGGAUUAGUUACUUUGAGAAUGGUGGAAAUGAGAAGAAAGAAAGGAUAAAAGAAGAGGUUGUUAAAGAAACAAUCAAAGAAGAGAAAAUAGAACCACAACGGGAAUUACCACCAGAAGCUCCCCCCACACCACCAGAACCACCAAAGUCUCCGACGCCCCCUCCUUCCUCCUCUCCUCCCCCUGUUGCCCCUGCUGCACCCGUCGCCGCCCCACCACCUCCACCGCCGCCCAUGCUACCACCACCACCACCGCCGCCGCCACCACCGCCGCCGCCACCCAUGGAGUUCAAGUCCCCAGGGACAGUGGAGGACAUGGCGGACAUGCUGGCCAAUAAGGGAGCAGCCUUGAAGAAGACUAAACAAAAUGGCGGCGGUGCGAUAGACGCAAUAGUCGACCAAAUCAAAGGUGGCAAAUUCCAACUCAAGUCCAGAGAACAGAACUUCAUGGAGAAGAAACCCAAAGACGAACAACCAGAAGCUGUCAAAGAAAUGCUGCAGAUCCUCGGCACCUUGAGGAAACGACGCGUCAACAGACCGUUGCCUAGCGACCAGGAGGCUUGAUGGCUGACUAGGCGGCUUCGGUCGUGCCUAAAGUGUUAUCACUGUUGUAAAUUACGAUGCUGUUAUUUUUGAAUAUCACAAUAACUCAGCUAACUUUUUUAAAAACUUUACAGUGAUUCGUUUCUAUCUCUCUCUGUCUAAUACAAUACUAUAAAUAGAGAGGUAGAUAACUUAGCGGCUUCGGUCUCGAUUAAUGUGUUACCACUUGUAAAUUAUGAUAAUGAAGUUAUUUUUGAAUAAUAAGAUGAAAAUAACUCGGCCAAUAAUUUUUAAAACUAGACAUUCAUAUCAAAUUCGUCUCUAUAUCUCUCUGUCUAAUGCGAUACUAUAAAUAGAGAGAUAAGUAACUAAGCAGCUUCGGUCGUACCUAAUGUGUUACCACUGUUACAAAUUACGAUAAUGAAGUUAUUUUUGAAGAUAAAAAUAACUCAGCCAAUAAUUUUUAAAACUUGACAUAGAUAUCGAAUUCGUCUCAAACUCUCUCUUUCUAAUACGAUACUAUAGAUAGAGAGGUAAGCAACUUAGCGGCUUCCGUCUUGACUAAUGUACCUCUGCUAUAAAUCUAUCUUUGUCUUACUUAUAUUUUCGCAUGUGACAGAGAUAGAUAUGUCACCGUUAAAUUUGUAAAAUAUAUUGUUUAUAAUCCCACUCGUGAUAUUAUAAUCUGCCGUCAUAUUGUGAACUGAAAAUACUGAUUACAAUUUAAUGUGUUAUUUUUCGGUAUAUUUCUAUCGGAAGUGAAAACGUUAAAUUGCAAUCUUAAACUAUUGUGUAAGUGAGGUUAUAUAAAAUUUCAAUAUAUUUUAUUUUUAAUACCAAUGUACUCAAUUAGUUCCAUACCCACCGGGGUACUGCUUGCAAACAACGCAAAAAAUUGUCUUAAUUUCUUAAAUAUAACAAUUUUGUGAAAUUACAAAAGAGAAUGGAAUGGUAGGAAUAUUUAAAAAAAAACUAUUAAAGUUAUUAUUAUUGAAAAAUUGGUGUUGCCAUUAUUAAUAAGUAUUAAUUGAUUAUAAUUAUUAUUAUUAAAACUUCGAAUGAUAUCAUAGUUUUAUAGGCAUAGCAAUAGACUGUAUUUUUCUAAAUAUUAUAUUGUGAUAUUUUUGACAUUUUAUUGAAAGUUUAGUGUUAUUGUAUGAAAUAUAGGAUGUAGAUAGUUUAAUAAUAUUUGUAAGAUGUAUAAAGGCAAGCGCAUAUUUGGGUCGGAUUGUAAAUUGCAUCUUUUUUUCAUGUAUAACGAACCUGAGAAAAAUAUGGAUUCAAAAACCGCUUUUAAAUAAGAUCAGUUCUGAAAAAAUCAGUUAUACUAACGUAUACAAAACCUCGUUUACAGUACAGUUGAUGAACUCGGCUAGAAAUACUCAUAUUUUAAGUGUUUUUAGGAAAUUUAGGUGAUAGAAUAAAAAUUAUGUCAAUUACAUCUUGUAAUACUCUUUAGUUCUAACAAUAAGUACAACAUUUCUCGCGUUUACAUAUGGUAUUAUUAUGGUAUAGAAAACUUAUUUUGUUAGGAAAUCCUAACCGCUUUAGAGUAUUAAUGAAACCCUUACAAAAACUUCAUUCAAAAUAAUUUUUUAAUUUUUUUUAUUUUUUUUUCGCCCCAGUGUGCGCGAGCCUUUACUCUGAAACCGUAGUGCCUUAAUAUGUGACUUAAACAACUCAUCGUGAUGGUUAAUGGAAUUGAAUACUCUGUUAUUAUCAUAGUCUUUUAAUAUACAGCAAUAAAGAUAUGUAUAUGUACGCAAACCAUAGAGUCCUCGACCAUAGACAUUGCGAAGUGGGACGAAACUGAUUUUUUAUACUAUAGCUUGGCAAAUUCGUUUGUAACACUCCCGAUGGUCCGCGGGGGCCGGAGGUGGGUAGCGAUGACAGAUAAACCCACAAUUUAUGCACGCCACUUCCAGACACUGCCCCGCGCGCACGACUUCACACCCGCGCAGUCCUUCCUUCCCCGUCGCCCAUAUCAUGGGCCGUCGUCGCAUAUCAUGGGAGUGUCAUGAACGAACUUGCCAAGCCAUACCUGGAUAGAUGACACUGGCUACGUUCCACUAAGGGAUCAAAACGUUCAAAAUACUCUAAUGACGACCACGGUCGUUUCGGUCAGGACGAUAAUUCCACUGAUGACGUCGUUGAUUUUGACUCAGUUUUAUAAAAUUUAUUGUAUCCAUUAAAGCGGUAUUUUAAGACAUUUUUUUAUUAGCAACAACGCAAGUAAACCUAUGUCGGAGUCCAUUAUUACUGUACCAAAGUGGCGGCCACCGGUCAUAAGUGGAAGCAGCGCGCUUCAGUUUUUGUUGCUUCUAGCAUCAAGUGACGGCGUUUGUAGUUAUGGCAUGACUAUCGGCGACACUAAGUGGAACAUGACCAAGUGCGGAAAAGGCCCGGGAAAAAGAAGAAGACUAAGUGGAACGUAGCCACUGUUGUCCGCUAAUUAGCGCUGUUAGAAAACCCACCUCUGACGUCAUACCCCCUCCCCUGUACUGCGCGGACGAUGACUCUGGUACGAGUAUAUGGUUAAAAUUAGUUUAUAUAUAAUCGUUUUUAAGUGACGUCUCACCCUUGGCCGGUUUUUAAGUUACCGUUCGGUGCCAUUGACUUUAAUUCCAUGGUAUAAGCAUUUUUUUUAGUAUUAUUUAGUAGAAUUAUAUUGAGAAAUAUACCUAUUUGAAAUUUACAACA